UGCAAUUUGUCUUUCAAUUUGACUGCUAUCGAUCCUAAACCAAAUGUUUACUCUUCCACCCUGGCCACCGAAGGACUAUGUCCUCAAACCCGUAUCCAAAGCACAACAGUCAUCUUUAGAGUUCACACCAAUAGCCCUGCCUAGAUGUACACAAACUAACGUGGGCCACUACUCCUACCCUGUUUUCUACAGUGACGAUGAGAAGGUAAAGCCAGAGAUCAAGGAAGUACACCCAAAAAUUGUUGAGAAUUGGGUGCUGAGGGCGAAGGCCUGGUGGGUAGAUAAGCCAGGUUUGAACAACUUCCAAGGAAUGGCCAAAUUUGCAGGGGAUGAUAACAACGAUCCAGUUUAUCAACACAAGGAGAAAGUCUUCAACAGGCCCUUCUCAUUCGAAACGGACUGCAUGGAGUUCGUAAGACUGAGAAAAUUGCAACAAAAAUCCGACAGAGAAUGCGAAGCCAAGUGUAGAUACAUAACUGGCUUGCAACAAGCCGACCUAUUGAAGAAAAAGGAGGAGGAAUCUUUGAAGAUCGUCCCUUGCGAGUGGCCACCUCCGUUCUGGUACAAAGAUGAAAAAUCUCAGGUGCAUACGGGUUAUUCAGAGAGGAAAUCUGAUCUUCUUGGUACGGUGGAAGCUCACGAUCCUUCUAGGACUUCGAAGUCUUGGCAGGAAAGUCCUAGCUUCGUACGAACUACAGACGAUCCUUGCGUACGCAGGAGAGAGCUUUUAAUGGUUGGACUGCCUUUCCGCAACGAGGGAUGCAACUGGUAUUACAAGAAUUACCCCCCGCCAAAAAUCAGCUCCAAACCACAGCGUUUCAGCAAGUAGAAAGUGAAUAGAAAGCUAGCGUUACCGAUAACAAUCGAUGACACUUCCAGUUGUCUAAAUUCUCAUAAGUAACAAAUGUCAAAAUUAUUGUAAAUCCAACUAAA